AUGAAGAAGAACUUUAAGAAUCUAGAUUUUGUACCCACGAUUAGUGAUAGUGAAGAUGAUAUUCCUGAUUUAGAUGACAAUUCUGAUGUUGAAUCAUCAGCUCCAGUUGAAGUAAAGAAAAAUGUAUCCUCCAAGAAGCAAAAGAAACAGAAGAAGGGCAAAAAGGGUAAUUCUAAUCAAUUGAACGCGCACGGUGAAGACGAAGUUCAUGAAGAUUUGAAUGAAGACUUCAAUUUUAAUUUGGAUGAUGAUGACGAAUUUAGUAAAGCUUCUGGAUUUCAAGGAUGGGACUUCGAUGGAAAUGAUAAGAGUAAGAAUGAUGACGUUAAAAAAGAUGUCGAUUUGGAAAAGAUUAUUAGAAGAAAAGGUGGGUUAAUUAAGAUGGCCCACAUUGAAGGUGAAGAUGAUGACCAAGACGAAGAAUCUGAAGACGAUCAAGAACAAGACGAAGAUGAACUUGCUCUAGACGGAUUCGGCAUGGGAGCCAAGGAUGAAAAAGAAGAAGAUGGAGGUGAAGAACAAGAACAAGAUAACUCUGAAGAUGAACAAGAAGAACUAACUGCAAUUGGAAAUUCUGACGAUGAUGAAGAAGAAAAUGAAGAAGAUUCGGGAGAAGCCAUCGAAAAAUUCUAUGCUCCAGCAAGUGAAGGUGAUGAUGCAAAGAAACAAACAUAUGCAAAUUUCAAUAGUCUAUCAUUAUCACGUCCGGUCUUAAAAGGUUUAGCCACUCUUGGUUACACCAAACCCUCUCCUAUUCAAAGUGCUACUAUUCCGGUGGCUUUAUCAGGUAAAGAUAUUAUCGCAGGUGCUGUGACAGGGUCUGGUAAAACUGCCGCGUUCAUGAUUCCAGUUAUUGAACGUCUACUAUUUAAAUCUGCCAAAAUAGCAGCUACUAGAGUCAUCGUGUUAACUCCUACACGUGAAUUGGCUAUACAAAUUUCUGAUGUCGGGAAGAAGAUUGGGAAGUUCAUUAAUGGGAUAACAUUUGGUUUAGCAGUUGGUGGUUUGAACUUAAGACAACAAGAACAAGAACUAAAGGCUAGACCUGAUAUUGUUAUUGCUACGCCAGGUAGAUUUAUUGAUCAUAUUAGAAAUUCGGCCAGUUUUAACGUUGAUUCGGUGGAAAUUUUGGUCAUUGAUGAAGCUGAUAGAAUGUUAGAAGAAGGUUUCCAAGAAGAGCUAAAUGAAAUUAUGCAAUUAUUACCAAAUAAGAGACAAACGUUACUUUUCUCCGCCACAAUGAACUCUAAAAUUAAACAGUUAGUAAGUCUUUCUUUAAGGAAACCAGUGAGAAUUAUGAUCGACCCUCCAAAGCAAGCUGCAUCCAGAUUAACACAAGAAUUUGUUCGUAUUCGUGCGAGAGAUCAUUUGAAACCUGCAUUGUUAUUCAAUCUAAUCAAGAAACUGGAUGGAUAUGGACAAAAGAGAAUGGUUGUUUUCGUCUCUAGAAAGGAAAUGGCACAUAGACUAAGAAUUAUUCUUGGUUUGUUAGGUAUGAAUGUUGCUGAAUUGCAUGGUUCGCUAUCGCAAGAACAACGUUUAGAAUCUGUGACUAAAUUUAAGAGUUUGGAAAUACCUGUAUUGAUCUGUACCGAUCUGGCAUCUAGAGGUUUGGAUAUUCCAAAAAUUGAGGUAGUUAUCAACUAUGAUAUGCCAAAGAGUUAUGAAAUUUAUUUGCAUAGAGUUGGUCGUACGGCAAGAGCAGGAAGGGAAGGUCGAUCAGUCUCAUUUGUUGGUGAAACUUCUAAUGAAAGAAGUAUAGUAAGGGAUGCUAUCAAGAGCGUGGAGGAGGUUUCAAAGAUAAAGAGUGAUGGUAGUAGAGCUCUCGGUAGGCAAGUAAAUUGGAAUCAAGUGGAAGAGACAAAUAAGUUGGUUGAAAAAAUGUCAGAUACCAUUGAAGAUGUUCUCGUGGAAGAAAAACAAGAAAAAGAAAUUUUAAGAGCUGAGAUGCAAUUAAAGAAGGGUGAAAACAUGUUGAAGCAUAAACAGGAAAUCCAAUCGAGACCUAGAAGAACCUGGUUCCAAACUGAAGCAGAAAAGAAGAAUGCAAAGAUAUUUGGUGCUCUUGCUAAAAAUAAAAAAGAGGUUAAUAGUAAGAAGAGAAAAAGGCAAGAAGCUCUAGAAGAGUCAUCAGGUGCCCGUUCCUAUAAGAAAACGCAGAAGGAUCGUACAACUGAACAAGAAAAGGCUUAUAAAAAGCAAAGAGGUAAUCCAGGAAAGAAAAAUAGUAAGAAGGGCAAAAAAUAG